GGCCCGGUGGGGGUAGCCGUUUGUUUUCUCGUGGUCUCGAACUCGCGCGCGCUAUUCCCUCCCCCCGGCGAGAGGCGGGGCGGAGAAACGGCGGCGGAGGCAGCAGCAGCGGCUGUAACAGUGGACACCCUCCUGUCCCCUCUCCGGCGAACCGGUUCUUCUUUCCCUUCCCUCUCACUGUUUGUUGUGUGUUUGAUGUGUUAAAGCAGGAGCGAGAACGCGAGCAGCGCCAUGAGCAACACUACCGUCGUCCCCAGCACUGCGGGCCCGGGCCCCAGCGGCGGGCCGGGUGGCGGCGGCGGAGGCGGCGGCACCGAGGUAAUCCAGGUGACUAAUGUCUCCCCGAGCGCUAGCUCUGAGCAGAUGCGGACCCUCUUCGGUUUCCUAGGCAAGAUCGACGAACUGCGCCUCUUCCCGCCGGAUGAUUCACCUUUGCCAGUUUCAUCCCGUGUCUGCUUUGUUAAGUUCCACGAUCCAGACUCAGCAGUUGUGGCACAGCAUCUGACAAACACUGUGUUCGUUGACAGAGCAUUGAUAGUCGUACCAUAUGCAGAAGUGAAGCAGCCGACACGAGUCGUUGUUCAUAAAACAGCUUUUGAAAGUUGAGAGCACACCCCUGGAGAACCGACUGUGCUUGCUUACGUUUGGUUCAUGACUUAAAAAUCGAGUACAGGAGUUAUUCCUGAUGAGACUAAGGCUUUGUCUCUGUUGGCACCAGCUAAUGCAGUGGCAGGUCUUCUGCCUGGUGGUGGACUCUUGCCUACUCCUAACCCUCUUACCCAGAUUGGCGCUGUUCCAUUGGCUGCUUUGGGAGCUCCUACUCUUGAUCCUGCCCUUGCUGCACUUGGGCUUCCUGGAGCAAACUUGAACUCUCAGUCUCUUGCUGCAGAUCAGUUGCUGAAGCUUAUGAGUACUGUUGAUCCCAAGUUGAAUCAUGUAGCUGCUGGUCUAGUUUCACCAAGUCUGAAAUCAGAUACCUCUAGUAAAGAAAUAGAGGAGGCCAUGAAGAGAGUACGAGAAGCACAGUCCCUAAUUUCUGCUGCCAUAGAACCAGAUAAAAAAGAAGAAAAACGAAGGCAUUCAAGAUCGAGAUCACGAUCAAGGAGGAGGAGGACUCCCUCAUCUUCCAGACAUAGGCGGUCAAGAAGCAGAUCGAGAAGGAGAUCACAUUCUAAGUCAAGGAGUAGGCGACGAUCCAAAAGUCCCAGACGGAGAAGAUCUCAUUCCAGAGAAAGAGGUAGAAGGUCAAGGAGCACAUCAAAAACCAGAGACAAAAAGAAAGAAGACAAAGAAAAAAAACGUUCCAAAACACCACCAAAAAGUUAUAGCACAGCCAGACGGUCCAGAAGUGCGAGCAGUUGGUACAUUUGUGGUUCUAGAGAGAGACGACGGCGACGAAGUAGGAGUGGCACAAGAUCUCCUAAAAAGCCUAGGUCUCCGAAAAGAAAACUGUCUCGCUCACCAUCCCCUAGGAGGCAUAAAAAGGAGAAGAAGAAAGAUAAAGACAAAGAAAGAGGCAGAGAUGAAAGAGAACGAUCAACAAGCAAGAAGAAGAAAAGUAAAGAUAAGGAAAAGGAUCGGGAAAGAAAAUCAGAGAGUGACAAAGAUGUAAAACAGGUUACACGGGAUUACGAUGAAGAGGAACAGGGGUAUGACAGCGAGAAAGAGAAAAAAGAGGAGAAGAAACCAACAGAACCAGGUUCCCCCAAAACAAAAGAAUGUUCUGUGGAAAAGGGAGCUGGUGAUUCCCUAAGAGAAUCCAAAGUGAAUGGGGAUGAUCAUCAUGAAGAAGACAUGGAUAUGAGUGACUGAACAUUGCCUCCAUGCAGUCCAACUGUAUACAUGCAUCAGUGUCAUUCCUUUGUGUGAUUUCUUAAUGCUGUAUUUGUUCAUCUCAAACCUUAGAUGUAUACAGCUCUGAGCUAUAAAUGGUUAUAAAGCUCCUGAUACUGAUAUUAUUUACAUCCAAAAGCUUUUAGAAAAUGAUACAAGGGUAACCAACUCUUGCCAUGGUGAAAUCUGAUUGAGUAACCAAGCAGUUUUACUAUUCUGGUGCUGCUUCAUAACAAAAGUGAAAAGCUGCAUGCAUCUACAGCAGGCAUGGAUUGUUUAUGUUGUAUGAUCUCCCUUAUUAAGUAAGUUCACUUAUAGUAUUUCUAGAAUUUGAUUCAUUGCCGUAAUAGAGCCAUGUAGGGAAUGCACUGAUUGCAUGUUAAUUGUGGCAGGAAUAUCCUAAAUGUCAUUAAAAUCUUCCAACAUGAUGGAUCUACUUAUGGUCUUGUUUGUUGACAUGACAAAUUAACAUUCUUAUAGUUACAUCUGGAAAUAAGCAUUUGAAAUAGAUAAUCCUUUAAGCCUUGUGGCUGAAUUUUUUGUGGCUUUUCUUUAACUUUGAAAGGUUAUAUAUGCACUAACCUUUUUUGAUGGCUGCUUAGGCUUUAAUUACAGAAACAAGGUAUCAAAUGAAACUGUCUUUGGCAGUGAGUAAACAGCAUAUUUUGAGGUAGAGUUGUAUACUUUUUCACAAGGUGUUUGGGAAUUUUUUUUCCUGAAAUAAUUUAUUCCACACCUACAUCAGUGAAAGCUAUCUGCCUAUCCUGAGUCCAUCUGUAAAAGAAAGAUGUAUCUCUCGUCCUGAUUUUCAAUUUUCAACUUUUAUUAGUUUUAAUCUACGUGUUGGAAAAAGGGGGUAGUGCAUUUUAAAUUGACCUUCAUAUGCUUUUAAAAUAAGACAAAUGUACUUGAUAAUGUACUUUUUAUUUGAUCUCAAGUUGUAUAAAACCAAUAAAUUUGUGUUACUGUUAACUGCAGUAGUAAUCUUAUGCCCAGUGAUUCCAUGUUAAAUGCAAAGUAGUUAGGUAACUGUUUUCUUAGUUACAGGAGUUUUCAAGCUUCACUUUUGUGCAGUAAAAAACAAAAGUAGGCUACAGUCUGUGCCAUGUUGAUGUACAGUUUCUGAAAUUGUUUUACAAGACUUUGAUAAUAAAACCCUUAAACUUAUGUUCAUGUUCCUGUAAAACCGUAUUUGUAUUUAUUUACAAGCUGUUGAAUGUAUGACAUUUACCUCAUUCAUUUUACAAGUCAAGUUCUCUCCCCUUCAGCCUACAUAUUUACAUAUAAAAUCCAUCACUAGCUAUUAGUUGCCAUCAGAAUGUCAAAAUUGGUUUAAUUUCUAUCUAAAACAAUCUAUUAGUGUAAAUUACUCAUAUUUUGGGUGUAGGGAUGGGGUUGAGUAAAGCAAUGAACUGUAGGAUAAACAAAUGAUCCCACCUAUAUCUAGUAAAUUUAUAUUUUCAGUGAAAUAUUUGCCUUUGCUGAAAUAGUAUAGCAACUGUCAAUGGUAUGUAUCUAUUGUACAAUACUACAUAGUAUAUUUAUUCACGUAAGAAAUAAGUAGUGUUAGAGUGGCUGGGAUUAAGGGGGAAAUGAGAAUAGCUUUUAUCCAAGUUUGAUAAUUUUUUAACUUUUAAAAUUGAAAUGCCAUAUAGAAAAGCAGCAUUGUUUUUACAGUUUGUAGUAACUUUUUAAAGAUUUUAUCAAAGGGAAUUUUGUUUAUAGUUAAGUUCAGGUAAUCUUAAUAAUCACUUCAUUUUAGAACAGUUGAAUGCAAAUGACAUUUACUUAAAACUACAAAAACUUUUUUAGUAGAUAAAGGUUGAACCACAUGACAUUGCCAUUUUUGUAAAUCAAAACAAAUAAAAUAUUGGCAGUUUCACCAGGUUAAACCUAAUAUUAGUCUAUUUUCCUCACUUGUAAUCUCUGAAUACUUAACUUUUCAAAAGGGAUUAAGAAAAUUUUGGCUAUAAAAUAGUGCCACUGAUAUAAGAUGCUGCAGUGAAGGGAAUCCACUAGAGUGUUUUUUUCAGUGAACAUUGUAUGCACAAUGGUAGGGGGUUGCACAGGAACACAAGCCUUUAACAGAUAAUCAGUUGAAAUCAAGUGAACACUGCCUCCACACUGAGUUUUGUUCUGUAUUAGAAGUAAAUGAUUAAAAUAAAAGUGGUUUUGUUAGAAAAAA